UGAUAUAUUUUUUUAGAAUAAAUUUAAUUAAAUAAUAUGUCUGGCAGUCCGGAAAGAAAAAUUAAGCGACUGGAGUUGUCUAAUACCCACCAAAAGUCUACCUGCAACUGCUCAGGAACAAUCGAGCGCCUUGAGCAAAUUGUUGUUCAGUUGGUGGAACAAGUUCGUUCCUCACGUGCUGAAACGAAAGUUCUUGUAGACGAAAUUCAAUCUUUAAGAGCUGAUCAAAAUGCGACGCAGGCUAAAAUCGAGGUCCUUGUGGAAGCUGCCUCGGAGCAAACCGCCACUAUCAAAGGAAUGACAAAGCAGCAAGGACAAGGACAAACAGUGGCCAGAAAAUUUCCGAUUCAGAGUGUAAAGGAUCUAAAUCAGAUGAGCAUGGAAAUUAACGACACAAACCGAGAGCUUUAUAUUGAUGCAAUUAAGAUCCACAUUAUGCAUGGUGGAAUUAUGAAAAACCUAAAAAAUGUGUUGUCAAAUACUGUUGUCUUGGCCUAUAAUGUUGAUGGCGUCCAAGGCAAAGCUGCCUUGAAAAACGAAAGCAGUUUUUAUGGAGUUUUGCUUGAUGCAAUCAAUUUGGUAGAAGGGACUGGAUCAGCUGAGGACAAUCUACGAAAGGCCUUGCAGCUGCAAAAAAAACGCUAUUUUAAGAACUCCAGUUGCAACAAAAACAAAAUUGAACAUGAAAACAACAACAACGUAUAAAUAAU